AUGAAUAAGAAUUUCAACAUAAAUGUUCAGGUGGACAAUGCGUUCCUCAGUGAACACGAGGUUGAGGUGAAUGGUUAUUUCGCGAAAUUGUACACGGGGGAAAUUACAGUGGACACGAUGAUAGAUAUCAUGAAGAGCUUGUCAUGUUCCCCAAAAGGGUCCAAAAAUAAUGAUGUGUAUAAAUCAAUGUUAUUAAUUUUGUUUAAUGAGUGUAAGUUCUUCCCAAAAUAUCCGUCAGAAGAGCUGGACACUACUGCACAGCUAUUUGGGAAGUUAGUAAAGCACAACUUAUUGCUAUCCUAUGGAAAUACCUUGGCUGUUGCAUUGAAGUGCAUUCUGGAAGCUUUUAAAAAAGGAAAUGAUUCUAAAAUGUUCAAUUUUGGAAUUACGGCCUUAGAACAGUUUGAAGAUUCUCUAAUAUGUUACCCUAGUUUUUUGUCUUCCUUGAUAGCGGUUACUACCUUAAGGCAGUACAACCCGCAAUACGUCAUUCAUUGCAGUAAUUUAUUGAACACCCUUCCAGAGCACUUCAGAAGUUUACCUUACAUAGAUGCCUCUACAAUAGCAAAAAUAAAACACCUCGCAGAAAUUGGUGCAAACAGUAGCACAACCGAUGCGAAUAUGUCUCAGGCGUCUAAUGAUGACGUAAAAAAAGUCUCAACCCAUAAUGCAAACAAUUUGAAAAAUGUAAAUAAUUUAAUUCCCUCCAUGGGGAUAACCACGGGUAGCGGCCUUGUUGACAAUACAAAUGUAAGUAACAACGUCGGCGGCGCCAGCGGCUGCAGCAGUAACAACAAUAACGGCGCCAUCGCCAACGCGCUAAACAGUAUGCUCAAGGGGAACAGCGGUAAUAGCACCAACCUAACUAAUGACAACGUGCUAUCCUACAUCAGUGACAUUUUACCAAACAACUCAAGCCUUGUUCACAACAACCCACAUCUGCAGUCCAGUUUGCAGUCCAAUCUGCAAGCCAGCCAGAACACCAAUCCACACACCCUAGGUAGAACUGAUCAUGUUUUAAAAAAUAAAAACAUAAACGAUAACCUAAACGGUAGCUUUAACGUAAACAUAAACAGCUUAUCCUCCCCCGCUAAACACCAGAACGUCACUACCAAUGUGAACCUGGUAAACGGUGAUAAGCCAAGCACCCCUUUUGGGGCCAUGAAUCAGUUAUAUGCCAAUCGGUCCUACGUAUCUCCAAAUGGAAGCAACCAAGUUAACCGAAUUUUAAUCACCCAAGGCAACCCGUUCAACCUUGGGGGUAGGGAAAUUGUCUCCCUCAGUAAUUCUUCCAUUGUCAGUGAGCAGGCAGGAGAAAUCGGAAUGAGCAGUGUGCCCGAUGGGAUCAAACGCCCGAAUGUUAAUCUGAAUGGCGAUAACGGUGACGGCAUCAGCAUGGGCAUUGGGAACAACCUCGCAAGUGGCAACCCGCUCAGCAGUAGGGACAAAGAGGAGCAGUUGUGCCCAAUAAUGGAAUCGUUCUACGAUCGAAUCCAGGUAAAGCUACCACCUAAUUUGAGCCUAAACAACAUCGGGGGGUUCGGAUUAGGCCAAAUAGAAUGCCUAAUGGACAACACCGAUUUAACUAAAAAUAUUAUUGUACCAUCGUCCCUAAUAAUAGGCGAAGUGUUUAGCAUUUUUAACACCCUCUGCUCAUUCAAUAUUGAUGAGAAAAUUAAAAUAUUAAAAGAAGUCAUGCAGCCAGAGCACUACAGCUGGCUAGCCUUUUACAUUGUCAAAUCCAGGGCCUCCAAGGAAGUAAACCUCCACGAAGUAUUCCUGGAGUUUAUUGAUAAACUAAGCUAUCCUAUGCUUAUCGACACCAUCAUCAAUAUGACCUACGACUGCAUACUCAUCCUGUUCAAAUACAUAAACGAAUUGAGAGAAGUUAGUGCAUUUAAAACAGUUCUCAAAAAUUUAGGCUCCUGGUUAGGGUUCAUAACCCUAGGGAGAAAUAGACCCCUAAAAUCGAAAAUAUUAGAUUUAAAGUUAGUUCUAUUUGAAGCCUACGAAAAAGGCUGCCUAGUUUGCAUAUUACCAAUGGUAUGCAGAAUUUUAGAAUCUAUAAAACUGUCUAAAAAUUUUAAGCCCCCCAAUCCGUGGACCACAACUAUGCUAUGCUUACUAACCGAAAUUCAUGAACUCCCAAAUGUGAAGACGUACACAAUAUUUGAGGUAGAAAUUCUGUUUAAAAAUCUGGCCUUAGAUAUUCAUGCCUUCCAGAAUAAAACCACCUUACUGAGUAAGCGGAGUGUCGCACAAAGUAAGAAAAGUGAGUUGCUCAUGCCAAAAGGUGGUGACAACAACCAGGACAAUAGCACCGCCUUACCUGUAAGUGAGGACCCGAAGAAUCUCCCACGCAGAGAAGGCCUAACAAGUGUUAUUAAUAGUCAUAUAGGUAGAGUAGAAGGUGGAUUGACUUUGAACCCCAGACUGGAAGAGUUGGAAAAUGCCGCAAAUAUUACCGCCAGGGACAUACCGAGUAGUUUGCCGAAUAAUACGCGACCGAGUUCGAGGAUCAUCCCAGAAAAAGUGGAGAUAACUAGACGAAACAAUAACCUUCCAAGUUAUAACGUUGAUUAUGUCAAUUCCGAAUGGAGCAAAGAUGAUGCCAUCAGAAUUGAUGCCCUGACAAGUGACAUGACGUUAGUUUCCACCUUUCCCCCACCAGAUAUGAAUCUAAUAAAUUCUAGCUACCCCAAAAAGGUGACUGCUAGCGGAGUUACAAAAGUAAAUGCUAUGGGUGAGCAAUACGCCCCCAAUGUGAGCUAUGCCACUAGUGCCAACUAUGACGGUAGUGCCCGCUAUAUCGGUAAUGUCAGCUAUAUCGGCAAUGCCAGCCAUAUCGGUAAUGCCAACGAUUAUGAUAACAACGCUAAAUACUAUGACAAGGGCGCCGACUACUUCGACGGCACUGCCAACUACUACGACACUAACGACAAUAUGGACACCCCAGACAUUUCCAUCGACAGCAAUUUAAUUAAUAACAAAAUUAAUAGUAGUAAGUUUUUGCAGAGCCUGAACAAUGCAGUGAUUAUAUCUUCCUCCAUAGCCCUUUUUCAAAUCCAGCCGGGUUUAAAAAGCUUAGUUACUAUAGCGUUUUAUCAAGCCAUUAGGGAAAUCAUCGCAGCUAUAUUAGACCGAUCUGUAGCUAUAUCCUGUGUUACAACGAGGGAAAUUGUGUGCAAAGAUUUCUGCCUAGAAAGGGAUGAAACUCUAAUUCGGAAAGCGGCCCAUAUUAUGAUUUCCUCCCUAGCUGGUUCGUUAGCCCUAGUUACGUGUAAAGAACCUCUGCGUAUUUCUCUAACGCACCAUUUAAGACAUUGGCUAGAAAAAACAAGCACGAAGGAUUGCAACGACCAGGUUUUAAUUGAACAAGUAGUUCAAAUUCUAAGUGCAGAUAACCUAGAAUUAGGUUGCAGUCUCGUCGAACAGGCAGUCAUUGAAAAAGCUAUCAAAGAUAUUAAUGAAGCAUUGGAACCUACUCUUUUAUCCAGACAAGUAGCCAAAGAAAAUAGAAUCCCUCUUAAUGAUCCCAUUCAUCUUAUGAAGACGAAAAAAUUGCAGCUAGAAAUCGCUCACUAUCUAAAGUUAGGAUCGCCUGUGACGAAUAAUCAGCUGCAAAUAUAUAAAGACUUCCUAAACAUAGCCCCGCUGAAAAAAUUACAUGCCGCUGCCAAAGCGCUGACGAAAAUAUACACAAAAGUGAACGAUGUGAAUGUAGAGAAUAAUCAACAAGGAGGUGGAACCCUCAUGCAUGCACUCUUCUCAAAUUCGAACUUACAGAAGAAGGAGGAAAAAGUGGACUAUCCAAAAAAUAUAAACGAGGAGAAGAGAACAGUUAAUGAGCCCCCAAUUGGAAUACCAAAAAGUGAUCCCACGGUACCCAGAAACACCAACAAGGAUUACAAUAUAAAUGAUGGUGUAAAGACUGAGAAAAUUGUAAACAGCGCGAAACGGAACGCGAAUGUAAGUACCCUCUCCCAAUCCACUUCACCCUCUGCAGUCUCGCUAGCCACAAAUUCGCAGCUGCAUAGGAUUCUGAACAAAUUAGAACUUGCGACUAACCAACUGAAAGAUGCCAUUAAGGACAUCCUCAUCUUACCCCCCAUAUUGUUUAACAUAAAUAAAGAAAAGCCUUCCGACAAUAUAAACAAAAUGAGUCUCCACAUUUUGUAUAGCCUGUCCGUGGAUGGAAGCAUAUUUAACCUAAUUAAAUCCAUCCCAGAAAUAGCAGCGCUAACACAACAUAAAAACGAGACCAUCAUUUCAUACUCGAACAGAAUUUAUAAAUUCCUUUUUGAGGUUAUCCCCCCUAACAGUAACAAGACACCUUGGGUUUAUCGAUCCAAUGACCCGUCUGGAAUAUACUUGGAAGUAUUUCUAUGCAUCCUGGAAAAGCUAAAAAAGAAAUGCCCCUCGUUAAAAGAACACAUAACGAAUUUUAUAAUGUCGGAUGAUUCUUCGUCCCCCUCGAAUGACAACUCACCAAGUUGUAGUAAGCCCCUUUUUUCCGCAUCAAACGUGGUGAAGGAGAAAGAAUCAUCAGACGAUGUAACAAAACUGGGAAGCGAAUUUUCCUCUACCACGAAUAGCAACUCAAAUCAGGGUGGCCACCAAAAUAAGAACGAGUCAGAAGCAAAGUGUCACAAUAAAGGAGUGCCCAAACUAAAUGCAAAUGUGAUAGCUGGCUUCAUAAGGUACAACCUGGUCGACAUGCAGAAAUAUAAAUAUUACCUAGUAAGGCAGCUCAGCACCAACAUGUCUAGCAUCAAUGCCAAUGCAGAGUUUGUCACCCUGGUGUUGAAAAAAAUUUUAAUCGACUUCCAAAUUUUCAGAUACGACGAUUUUGAAAACAUAUUUAUCAUUUUAAAUAACCUGAAGGAGCAAAACAUUCUGACCAACAAAAUUAUUUUUUUCAACGAUUCCCCCCCAAUUGAUACCAACGUCGCCAUCGAAAUGUUAACUGAAGAGGCCAAAAAGAUUCAAGGAAAAAAAGAUGCUGUCAUUUUUUCAGACCUGCUACACGUUUAUGAGGAAUAUUUAAAAAGUGAUGAUGAGCAUGACGAGGAGCAGGAUCAAGAGGUGUCCAGAGGUGCCGACACAGAUCAGAUGACGCUGCGAAUGGGGAUGGACAGGAAUGUCACCGAUGCGGACUGUAAAAAGGGACAACUGCAAAGGAACCAAGUGGAAAAUGGUAGAAAUUCACAACACGCGCAGGGUGAAAGUGAGGAAAGGGGGGAGCAUGGGCUGUAUUACUCAAAUGAGACACUAAAUGGAAAAGAAGCGAAAGAAAACACAUUCGAAUUGAAAUGCACAAGGACAAAUAACAACUUCCAUCUGAACCAAAUAAAAAAAAGCGAGUUGCUGAAAAACCCACUGGAAUAUUUUAAAAGAGGAUAUAAUCAGUUAAGUGAAGACCUUUUAAGCGCCCUAAUUGAUGAACAGAAUUUCGAUAAAAUUCAAGAUGAGCUAAAGAGCGUCGACAACUUUGGUCUCCUAGACAUGGAGGGGAUCAGGAUGCAGACAGGUGAAGAUGUGCGCCUGCACGAGAGAGGCGAAAAGGCCAAGUCAGCCCUCAGUACGCGCACCAGCACCAGCAAUAAGAGCAACGCGGACGGAAUCGUGAUAAGUAAGAGGAACCAGGAAAACAAAGCAAAUGCGCAGCCUUGCCACUCCAAGCGACAGGCCAAGAGGGAAUACAAGAAAAAUCUAAAAAUUUUAAUGGAUCCAGAAUACAUAACCACCCUGACGCAGAUAAUCGAUUUCUGCCUGAACAUGGACUGGAAUAUACUGCAGAAAAAAAAAAAUAAUAAAUAUUUCAAAGACAAAGGGGUGGGAGGCAUCAGAGUAGUUCCAAAACCGCAGAAAAUUCCAAAACAACAUGAACAGAUCAUUAGUAUUUUUUUUUUUCAGUGGAUAAAAUUAAUCAACCUUAAGAAUGUGGAUAACCCUAACCAGAGUUAUGUUAAAUUUUUUCAAAACAUAUCCAACCAAGGAUUGCUACGAAUCGAUAACAACACGGAUAAUUUCUUUGCCGUGUGCAUUUAUAAAGCUGUGGAAGGAGGGACCUGUAUUAGCACCGUCAACUCCAGUGGGCCCAUCGUGGAAAGGGGGAAAACCAUCAACGUGUUAGAUAAUGCCCACAGUGCAAAUGGAAACAUUGGGUUGGAUUAUCCAGCCGCUACAAAUUGUGCGCAGCAAAACAAUGACACUUCGCUAACGUCACAGAAGAGAGAAUUCCCAAAUGAAACAAGCGAUCCCAUCCAAGGGGGCCCAACAGAAGGGGACAAUAAUAAACCGAACGGAGCAUGCCUCCCCAGUGGCGAAACUAAAAUCGAUGGAGCACACGAAGAAUCAUCCCACUUGUACAAAAACAAAGUGACGAACAAAAAUGCAGAAGAGGGCACACAACGGUUUGACAAAAAUGGCAGACUAGCAGAACAAAGUAGUAGCGACGAAACAAAAGAACCAAGAGCAAAAAAUAACAACAGCAGUAAAUGUUCCCAAGUUUCUGAUGAAAAUCGUUCCUACAUAGAAUCAACAAACUUAACUUUUUAUUCCAAUAUGUCCAGUUAUGGCCAGUCUCAUUCAGAUGACGAAGAAGAAUUCUACCUUGACCCUUUAUUAAGAAAGCAGAGAAUGACAAGACAAAUGCAAGUAAAAAAAAGCGAAAUGUUGAGGAACUUAUCUUCUGCCAUCAAUGGAUCGGCGGACGUCGACUUUGUGUCAAACUCGGAUAAAAAAUUUAACAAAUCGGAGACCCAUUUCGAGAUGAAGAGGAGGAACAAUGAUGGUAGUCGAAAUGAAAUGGCGUCCCAUUUGAAGGGCAUUUAUAAAGACGGAAGUCAGGUCGAGUCGGACGGGGAAGAAGUUGAGGAAGACGAAACGGAAGAGGCGGAAGAAACGGAGGAUGAACUGCAUGAGGAGUUAGACGAAGUAGAAGUGGAUGAUGAAGUUGAAGGGGAGGAAGCAGAAGUGGAUGAGCUAGAUUCGUACGAGCUAGAAGCAGACGAUGUGGGAGAGAUGGACGAGGAGGAAGAGUCGGGAGAGGAAAACCACAGGAACGACGCAGAUGAAGAGGAGAACCAGGGCGAGGAAGAUGAUGUGGUGGUGCAGAACGACGAGGAAGGUGAAACGCAAAUUGAAAGCGACGAGGGAGACGAAACGGAGGCUGAGGAGGACGAAGCGAAUGAAACAGACGAGGAGGACGAAACGGAGAUCGACGAUGGCUAUCACGGAAGUGAGAAUUACGAGGUGGAGGAAGAACAGCAGCAGUGGCAACAGUUAGAGGAGGGCAAGGAAGAAUCCGACGAGGUAGAAACCAGCGAGGAUGUAGCCGACGAGGUAGAAGCCAGCGAGGAUGAAGUCGACGUGGAAAAUACGCACAACAAUGGUGAGAGCGACGAUGAGGACGUCCACCACUACCACUGCGACAUGCGCGACCGCUGCGCCUACGGACAGCCAGGGGGGGGCAACAAAACCGGAGCUGCCACAUCUAGUGCAGAACAGCCUGCGAGACUGGAAGGAAAUUCCCAGUUGAACGACGCGAUUGACACUCUGUCUCUCGAUGGCCUGGCGAAAAUGAUCAUCUGUAUGAUGAAGCUAGUCGACACGCAGCAAAUUUCGCCAUUUAUUCUGUUUCAAAAGGUGAUGAACGUAUUUUGUAGAAUCGUAGUGAUGGAGUCGAGAAGGAAAAAAAGGAACUUCAACCAAAGACCAUACUUUCGCCUCUUCCUAUCUAUCCUAGUGGAAAUAAAUAAAAACGAGAAAUACUUUGAGCAGUCGUACAAUAAGUUAAUCCUAGCCCUGGGAUAUUAUUUGUGUAUUCUGAAUCCAUUACGAGUACCGACAUUUAUCUUCGCCUGGCUAGAAUUGAUUAGCCACAAAUUGUUUCUACCAAAAAUAUUGAAAACGUCCAAGGGAUGGUGUAUAUACAACAAGCUACUAAUCUACUUGUUAGAAUUUCUGUACGUGUUUCUAAAGAAUGCAUAUCUAACCCCCCCCAUAAAAAUACUUUACAGAGGGACACUUCGAAUGCUGCUAAUUUUGCUGCACGAUUUUCCAGAGUUCCUUUGUGUAUACAAUUUCUCAUUUUGUAACUCCAUCCCGUUAAAUUGUGUCCAGUUGAGGAAUCUAAUCCUGUCGGCUUUUCCAAGGAAUCUUAAACUGCCCCAUCCGUUUUAUCCCAAUUUGAAAGUAGACCUCCUACCAGAAAUGAAGGUAGUCCCAGUUAUCCUAAACAACUUCACAUUUAUUCUAAUUGACUAUAACAUAAAGAAGGACAUCGAUGAUUAUUUCGUCACCAGAAAUGCUACAUGCUUAAAAAAAAUUCAUCAAAAAUUGCUUGUCAGAAAUAAAAUGAAAGCUUUAUAUUUGAAAACCAAGUACAACAUAGCAUUGAUAAAUGCCCUCGUGUUAUAUAUUGGUAUGUCCCUUCCUUCGCAAAUUCUAAUGAUUGACAAAGUUUCAGAGUCCCAUCCUGCAUUGGAAAUAAUCCUACAUCUGACUUAUAAGUUAGACAUGGAAGGGAGAUAUUAUUUGCUCUCCUCCAUCGCCAACCAUUUGAGAUACCCCAAUGCACACACUCACUACUUUUCUUGUCUCCUUCUCUGGAUUUUUAACAUUUCCAAGAUGGAAAUUGUAAAUGAACAAAUUACUGGGAUUUUGCUAGAGAGACUAAUAGUUCAUAGACCUCACCCCUGGGGACUACUCAUUACCUUCAUUGAGCUUAUUAAAAAUCCCAUCUUUAAAUUCUGGCAGUGUUCCUUUGUGCAUGUUAACUCGGACAUAGAAAAAUUGUUUCAAUCCAUAGCGCACUCGUGUCUUGUCAACCAGAUGGAGCACAUCAACGGAGUCAACACAGUUGGAGCAGAUGGGGCAGUUAGCGCAGUUAUCGCAGCUAGUGGCACCAAUCAGGGAACCCACCACUCCCACACAACGAGCGAUGUGAAUCCGACCAAUGCGAGGAAUCUUCACCCCUGUAACGACAGGAUCAACGCAGACUUGAAAAUGUUUACCCUACCAAAUGAGCCCAAUUCGAAUAAAAUAAUGUCCAAUGCUCAUCACCAGAAGCAAGGCAGCAACACUAGCAGCAGUAUCCCAAAUGGAUACACCCAAAAAAAUGAGCACACUGUAAAUGGAAAUAUUGGCAUGAGUAACCACCUUGCCCAUGGAACUAACGAUGAUCAUUUCAGGAAAGCAAUAAGUGGCGACCAUCUAAAUGACUACACAGCAAAAGGUAACGUCUACCCUGGUGCAUUUGAACAAACCCCCAGGGUUCAUCCCAAUGUGUUAAGAAGUUACAUCAAUUACAAUGAGAGCAAUUCGAUCGAGACGGAUAAUUAUAGCCUCUCCAAUAAUCGUAUCGUUCAGAGGAAUCAUCCCUUCAGUGGAUAUGCCAUCCCUCCCCAUAUCGUUGCAGAAAGUAACACCCGCAAUGAUUUUUACCACCCCCAAAAUUUAGACCACUUGCUUGGUAAAAGUAAUAAAAUCCUAGAUACUGAUCGUCAGAGCGAUUUCGGAGAAAUGCAAAGGGGAGUGCCGAAUGGCAGUCUUAGUACCACUGAGAGUGGAAGGAAUGCACCCCCCGUUAGAGGAGGUAUCCGUGCGGUCAUGGGAAGUGGCACAAAUUUGGGGUUCCUUGCCGACUUGCACCCCAACCGAAACCUCAUCAACAACAACAUCAGCAACAACAUCAGCAACAACAUCAGUCUUAAUUCCUGCAACAACAGCGUGGAGAGUUUGAUUAAUCUGACGAAUUACUCCGACAUGAGAAACGGCAGCAGUAAUGCAAACCAUGGUGGUCAGUGA